CACAGGAGAAGAUCUGUCAUAUAUCCCAAGAGAUUCAUAGGAGCCGCAAUGAUCUUCUUUGGGCGAGGACCUGUGUGCUUAAUUUCGUCCACCAAGAUUGUAAUUGUUUUAUGCCUUUUAGUUUCAUGUCCUUCCUCAUCCUCCAAAGGCCUGAAGUGGGACACAAUCAUUGUAGGUCUUGUGUCCUCUCCUGUCACACUGCCAUGUGAAGACCUGUCAGCAGUUGGAACCCACCGGGUUAAGUGGCUCUGGAAGUCCUCCACACGGGACAGCUGGUCAUUGGUCAUCUCAGCAGUGGAUGAGAAGAUCUACAGAGGGGGAGGAGGGAAACCCAGCCUGGACUUUGUGCACAAAGAGCCCCUGAAGUCAGGAAAUUUGUCUCUGGUCUUCAAUGCUCGGUUUGAGGACUCUGGUCUGUACUCCUGCCAAGUCCAAUCACUUGAGAGUAAGGCCGUACAACUCAAACACUUAGUCCUUCUUGUUACACUUCAAGUCACCAGCAGUCCACCAAACCCCGUCCCGAUAGACAGUACGCUGCAGCUGAAUGCCACCGUGUCACAGCCCAAUGUGGUGGCACACACACGGUGGAUUUCUCCUUCUGGAAAUGCUCUCCAUGUGAAGAAUGAACUCGGCAUCACCUCCUACACUCGGCUGACCCGCAUAAGCCAGCAAGAGGCUGGGUACUAUGUAUGCCAGAUUCUUCUCAAGACCACUGCCACCCCCCUGGCUUUUAGCCACCAUAUCUCAGUUAGCGGUACCAGAGAACUCAGCUCCAUGACGAUCACCUAUGGAAAUCCACAACAUCAUGCUGUCACUGCCGGUUCAGACGUGAUCAUUCCAUGUCACACUUCAGGAGAUAUGGACUAUAUCUUUCUGUAUUGGGAAACACCUGAUUCAACGGCUAUAGAACUCAUCUUCGAGGUGGACCUCUGGAGGGAGACACUAAACAACAGGAAAGGUUCUAAUCUACGAAUGGCUUAUGCUGACCCAACCCAGUCAGGUAAUUACUCCUUCCUGUUGACUCCAGCACUUGAGGACAGCGGCAUCUACAACUGCGAAGUGUUCACAGGAAAUGAAGUUUCCAUCAUCAAUUACCGACUAACUGUAGUCCAAGUGUUUGCUCGAGAGUCCCAGAGUGGCUGGAAGCUGGACUGCCUGUAUAAGGAGCGCUUGCUGGUCAAAUCUGUGGACUGGAUGUUUCAGAACUACAGUUUAGAUGUCAUGUCCGCUGGGCCCGGCUCCCUCUCUACGGAGAUCCUAGUCGGUGAACGUCCUCCUAGCAAGUGGCAGGGAACUUACAGUUGUGUAGUUUUGCUAAAGAAUGGGAAGAAAUAUUCUGCCAACUACACCCUCCAGCCAGUAACUGCAGAAAUGCUCAGCACUGUUCCCAUCUCCCUGGGGAGCCCUGGGAGGCCUGCUACUCCUGGGAUGUGUGUCUAUCUGGAUCACCUGGAGAUAUGGAGUUUGCUUUUCAUCUCAGAGAUUCAGACGUGGUAGAUCUGUCACCAGUAGUCCUAAUGGUGACAGCAUUUAUGAAACCAUAGAGGAUGUAAUGCAG